AUGCAAGACAUUCAAGCGCUCGUCGACCAAGCGAAGGCGCACUACGACCGGGCCCAGGACGGCAAGAAGAUCUGGAAAUGGCUGGACAAGGUCUCCGCUCGCAUCAUCUUCUACGGCCGCGUCCUGGAUGCUCUUGCACAGCACCAUCCCGAGUAUGUGGCGCUUGCCUGGGGCACCUUGAAGUUCGUCUUGAUGGGCAUACUCAACCACGGCCGCCUUGUCCAGGAGUUCAGCCAGGCGCUCAUCCAGAUCGGCGAUGCGCUCCGCCUUACAAAAGAAACCGCGGAGCUUUACCAGACGGAUGAUGUGCGGGACGCGAUAUCGCGACUGUACGCUCCUAUCCUCGUCUUCUUCCAGCAAGCGCUGCGCUGGUAUAAUCGGAGCCGAGUUGGGCGCGCUCUUUCCGCUGUAUUCAGCCCGUAUGAGUUGAAAUACAAGGAUACGGUGGAGCAAAUCCAGAGGUGUGCUAAGGCGGUGAAUGACAUGGCGGCCGCCAAAAGUCGGGCCGAGAUUCGAGAUAUACAUAUCUCUCUUGAAAUGAUGAGGCGCGAAACGGCCCAGCUGAAGGAGACGGUUGAUGGCACGCUCAAGGUCGCUACGUGCAACAAAACCAUCAGUGAGCGCAUCCACAUCGAUGUCCAAGAUAUGUUGCCCCGGACGCGCGACAUCCAGCUUUCGCAUAUUCUCGACGCACUGAAACCGCAAAUCUGCCCGCACGACACUUUCCACACGCUCCAGUCGAUUGUGAAGCGCUCCCGAUCAACUAAACUUCCGGAAGCGGAACCAAAGAAUGUGCUGCAAACCCUCAACAGGUGGCUCACCAAGGAAGGCUCUUCACUAUUCCUGCUUCGCAUUGGGCCCCGGGCGGAAGCCAAAGCACGAGAGCUCACGACCGACAUCAUCAGCUUGCUGCAAGCUAAGAAGUUGAAGGUGAUCUGGAGACUAUCUCCCCCACACGGCGGCUCAGUGCCCAGCUUGACCGAGGUGCUCAAGGUUCUGAUACACCAAGCCCUGCUCGUCGAGCCCUUUCUCCUGGAGCGUGGCGACCUCAAUGUCGCGAAAUUCCGAUCUACCCACACUGACGCCGAGUGGGCAUCGCUUUGCCGCACCAUCUUCGCUCGCCUACCGAAGUGCUACGUCAUCAUCGAAACGCACGAUUUGUUCCAAGCGAAUGCUGAUAACGACCAAUUCCUACCGAACUUCUUGAAGUUGUUCCAGGAGCUUGCAUGCCAGGCGGCAAGUAAUGGGCACUCGCUGAAGUUCCUUGUACUCUGUUACGGAAGUGGGGGUUCGGACGUUGCUGGUACGUAUAUUUCGUGUAUUCUUCCUAUGCGUUGA